AUGGAUUCAGAGGGUAUGCCUACCUUACAUACAUUUGCAUGCAUGCGCGUGAGAUCACUUGCUGACAGUAGUCCCGGGAUGUCUGGUUUAAUUGCCCUCGAGUUUACCAAGUAUCAUUCCUUAGCGAAGGACUUCCCUAAUCCAUCAUUCCGUAUUUGGGCACCCGGCUCAGAUCUCUACUUAAGUCUUCAGCUCCCAAAACCUCUCCCCUACUCGCCCAUCUACGGAGGAAACUCCGGAUCUCCGUCUACAGAAAACGUCCCUCCACGUCGUCGCUCCUACACCAAGCCACCCAACUCUCUCAUCAAUACCCCCGCAGAGCGUGUUGUUAUUGGGGUGUUUGCUGGUGGAAAAGGUAGGAGGGAGCCGAGGGAGAUUUAUGAGAGAAAAGUGAAGAGAUGCAGCGGUAAAAGGGAGAUGAUUGAUCAGAAUGAGUAUGUGGUGGAAAUCAUGGAAUUGCAUAUGCAUAUUAUUCAACAAGACGGAAUGAACAUGGGAUCCUAG